AUGGCUUCGGAGAAGAAGCUAGCGAAUCCAAUGAGAGAAAUCAAAGUUCAGAAACUUGUUCUCAAUAUCUCCGUCGGUGAAAGUGGCGAUCGUUUAACCAGAGCCGCCAAGGUUCUUGAACAGCUUAGUGGCCAAACCCCUGUUUUCUCCAAAGCUAGGUACACCGUCCGAUCCUUCGGUAUUAGAAGGAAUGAAAAGAUUGCAUGCUAUGUCACUGUUAGAGGCGACAAGGCAAUGCAGCUUUUGGAAAGCGGGUUGAAGGUCAAGGAAUACGAGCUGUUGAGGAGAAACUUUAGUGAUACUGGUUGUUUUGGCUUUGGUAUCCAGGAACACAUCGAUUUAGGAAUCAAGUAUGAUCCAUCCACUGGCAUUUAUGGAAUGGAUUUCUUUGUGGUGUUGGAGCGCCCUGGUUACCGUGUGGGACGUCGUCGUCGGUGCAAAGCACGUGUUGGAAUCCAGCACCGUGUCACAAAGGAUGAUGCCAUGAAGUGGUUCCAAGUUAAAUAUGAAGGUGUUAUCCUAAACAAGUCCCAAGCAAUUUAG